CUUCUAAAGAGUACAAUGUCCACUCGUCCUAUUACCUUUAUCACUGAUCGUAAUGCAGGUCUUGUCAACAACAUUCCUGUUAUGUUCCCCAGUUGUCAUCAUGCAUACUGUCUCUAUCACAUACAGUUUAACUUGAAGGAUCACUUCCCGGGACGGUUUAGAAAAGGUUUUCGGAACAGGCUCGUUGAAUUGUUCAACAAAUGUGCAUAUGCUUCAUCGGUGUCGGUUUACAAAGUUGCUGAGGAAGAUUUUUACCAAUUUGGCGGAGAUAAAGCUAGGACCUUUAUUGCGAGUGUCCCCAAAGAGCAUUGGAGUAACGCGUAUUUCGAAGGUCAACGGUAUGGUGAGAUGAGCUCUAGUGCUGUGGAGUCGUUUAAUAAUUGGAUUCUUAAAGCUCGGGAAAUGCCUGUAUUUUAUUUAGUUGAUGAGCUUCGUCGCAAAAUUAUGAGGCAAAUGGCUGCUAGGAGAGUAAAGUCGAUGAAAUGGAAUUCAGUGAUUUGUCCGAAGAUGGAUAAGAAGUUAGCUCACUUUAUCAAGAAAGGAAGGUCGUGGAGGAUCAUUAUGUCAAAGGGUGGUUUGUACGAGGCAUGCUGCAACGGUUAUUAUAAAAGCUUGUGGAGGGGAAGGAAAUUUGGUGGACCAUAUGGAUCCGUUAUACCUUGUUGAUGCGUAUCGGCGUACAUAUGAAGAACCCAUAUAUCCGGUUGUAGAGAGUGACAUUCCCGAUUUUACGAAGGAAGGUGACCGGGUUAUAAACCCUCCAUGGAAUAGGCGGCCAGCGGGUAGGCCCAAAGUUAAACGCAUUCGUUCAAGGGGUGAAGAGUCAUAUACCAGGCCUAAUAAAUGUGGGAGGUGCCACAAGGCCACAAAGCACAAUCGAAGAACAUGCAAGGAGCCAAGCGAUAUAUGAUGCA